AUGGCUGAUCGCUUCAAGAACCUCGCCAAGGGUGGCUGGCACCCAGAGAAGAGCAAGGCGAGCGGCUCGGGCGCUGCAAGCGACUCACGGCUGGGUCAGGUGAAAGGAUGGGUGGGCAAGGCAAAGGGCAAAGACAGCCAUGCCGAGGCCGCUCGCGAACAUCAAUCGGCGCCGCUGUCGACCCUGAAGGACCCUUCUACCUUUGCGCCUCCGCCAAAGCGAAUUCCAGGAGCGUCGCCCGUUUCUGGCAGUGCCCCGCCCGCCCCGGCAAGACAGCGUCUGCAAGCACAGGAAGAGGGGCAAAGAGGAGCAGAGCAAGAGGCGCCGCCCCAAGGACCCUACAGAACAGACACGACAGGACUGAGCACCGCACAUCUGCCCAAGCCACCCGCAUUCCGGCCGAGUGCUGCCACUCCUCCAGCACCGGCCUCGAGAGCAAAGCCGCCGGGCCUGCCUCCAAGGCUGCCACCGCGCCAGACAGAGAAUGUCGACGAGUACACACCACCCGCUCCUCCGUCGUAUGGAGAAGCUAUACAGAUACAGCAACCGGCUGCACACACCCUGAACCAAGGAGCCAUGAACCGUCUGGGCCAGGCUGGCGUAUCGGUGCCAGGGUUGGGCAUUGGCCGAAAUGCCUCCCCACCUGUGCCCCCUCGACAGCGCACGAGGGCACCUCCUCCCCCACCUGCACGUCAAACGUCCAGCCCGUCCAUGGCAGCGCCCAUGUCUUCGCCUGCUGCGGCGAGCAACGGCGCACAGCUGAAGGAACUGCAAAACAGAUUCGCCAAGGUGACGACUCCCUCUUCCGCAGAGACAGCCCCGAGCACAGGGACAUCGUGGGCCGACAAGCAAGCCGCUCUGAAGACGGCCAGCAAUCUCCGCAACGAUCCGUCCAAGGUCUCUGCGUCAGACCUGAAGGGCGCCGCUACAACAGCCAACCACUUCCAACAACGGCACGGCGAACAGGCAGCAUCAGGCUGGCGGGCAGCGAGCGGACUGAACCAAAAGUACGGCAUUGCAGGGAGAGUGAACCACUUGGCAGGAGGGUCAAGCACAUCGUCCGCACCGCAAGCACCGGCGCCAGAAGGUGUGGGGAAGAAGGCUCCGCCGCCGCCGCCAGCCAAGAGGAAGGAGCUGACUUGUACAAACUCGGGGGAGCCACCGCCGAUUCCUCUGAGUAGCAAGCCCAAGUUCUAG